CACACACGUCUGCUCAAAACUACACACAGAAGACACAAAAAACACAAAUAAUGUGCUGAAUUAAAGAGCCAGGUGUUUUGAGUGCACGUAGUUUACGAUGAGUGUCCUCUGCUUGUGGAAGAUAUUAGCUUUUAGCUUCUGGUUUCAAGCUUUUUUAUCAGGGAGCUUUUGCAGUGUUGGAAAUGCUUGGACUGGCAGUCAUCUAUCAAAGGAAGAUGUUCUGGCCCUAAAGGAUGAGGAGAAUCCUAAGUGUUUCAGUCGCACUGGAGGAGAUUUCAUCUGUUUUUUUGAAACUGCAGAAAACAAGACUUUUGAUUUGUUCUACAGUGUAUCGAGGGUGCCAAGAACGAGGUGUGAGAUGACUGUCCAUGGAACAGAAGAGGGGAGUUUCCUGCAUGUCUGCUCAUUUCCCGGGACRCAUGUGUUUUUAUACACCAACACAAAGAUUCAAGUGGUGGAUCGCACCAACACCACCAUCUACAAUCGAAUAGUCAAUGUGGAAAACCAUUAUCUUCUGAAACCCCCUUUCAAAGUAUCUGCAAAGCCAAACGGCCACGUGGGACAGCUGGAUGUUUCCUGGGAUGCAGAAACCCCGGAGAUCGCGGAAGAUGACURUGAAUACAGAAUUCGAUAUUCCUCCAGGUCUGUUGGAGAAAAGACAACACAGGCAAAGAAGAAAUACCUGCAGCUCUCUCUGGUACCAGGUGAGGAGGUUGAGGUCCAGGUUGCAGUAAGAUUAGCCUUUUCAGCAGAGACAGGACACUGGAGCAGCUGGUCCCAACCUGUGCGAGUUUCAGUUCCCCAAAGCGCAGAUAAAGUCGCUUUAGGUUGCACUUUUGACCUGCAAAAUGUUACCUGUGRCUGGAAUGGAACAGUUUUUGGAGCGAACGACAAGUACAAACUUUUCUACAAGAUGAGUUUUGGAGACUCYUUGCAGUGGACUGAAUGGGCCGAGUGUGUGGCUGCUGAAGAGGUCACCGACACKUGUUCUUUUCACGGAGAUGGCGUUAAAAAAAUAAAGCUCGAGCUCGACAGCUCUUCAGAUACAAUCAACAGAACUUUCUUUAGCGACGUACUCACCCUCAACAACUUGAGUAAGGGUUCUUUGUUUCUUAAACUCAAGCAGUAUUUUUGGCCCGCUGUGCCCAACCUUGAAAAGGUUCUGCAAGACUUUCUGACAGACAUCAACCAACAGAAAUGGGGCCCACCUGUCAUAUCAAAGCAGUGCUUUGAAGAAACCACUUCCUCAGUGGUGGAGAUCAUGUCUGAAGGUGAGAUCCCAGGAUCGAUAAAGUCAGYUGGAGAAACGUCUGAACUCAUGUCUUCUGAUGAAAACCUCUCYGCUGAAGAACAACUCGAUGGAAGCCCUGGGACCAAAGUCCUUCCGGACUAUGUGACGCUGAACAAAGAUCUGGCUUUUCUCUGCRUUGGAGAAAACAGUUACGUUUAUGAGCAGGUUGCAGAGAGUGAAGAUCCAGAAGUAGGGGGCGACUCUCUCCAAGCCCGUCCCAGUUCCUGCGCAGAUGCUUGGACCGGUGUUGGACUGUGCUCAGGCAAUAAUUACUUUAACCGUUCCUACUUAACUACGUCCAAAUCUGCAGAAACCUUAAGCAGCAGGAUGAGUGCUGAAACUGCUGCAGGCAACCACUACACAAACCUUUCCUUGUGUUAAAUCCACACCAGAGAAUGUCUCCCCUCUGCACUUUUUUCCAUUUUUUUUUUGUGAACCAGGAUUUUACUUUAAAUUAAAGCAGGUGGUAAUAAAGUACAGCUGUACCUAUUAUUAGAAAACACACUCUGGUUUCAGGAGAUGCUGUAAAACAUGUUAGUUUUGAACGCAGCAGCUUUCCGAUACUGUUCCUGGUCAACUGGCUUUUCGAAUAGAGAUUUAAAGGA